AUGACGGAGUUCCAGAUCAUCUAUAUCCGUCGCUCAGACGGCCAGAAGAUGGUGGCUGGCAAACCCAACUACCCGCACAAUGGCCAGUUGAAUCAAAAAGAGCAGGCCAACGGCUCAAAGGACUAUUAUCAUCGCCUGGAUGAAGAUUCAACAAAGCACAGAGAUUGGCGGAAGAAGCUGGGCGCCAUGAUGGCGAAGCGAAAGGGUCUCCUAGACGACAAAGGGUAUAUUCUCGCAUGGUUGCCAGAGCAUUACGAGCUAUGGGAACAUAUCAAGACGCGACCGUCAGACAGCUCACCCUCCAAAUCCCAUGCUGGUGGCGGUCACGACCGUCAAGAUGCCUACCUUUAUGGGCACCCGUUGGGGACGACGAAGCGGUUCCGCUCGCCCAAGGACUUCUACCAUCAUCUCCUCUGGUUGUCCGAAGAUGAAGAAGGGAAUCCGGACAACUGCUAUUGUCGAGCGUGCGCACCGCCGGAA